AUGGUCUCAAUCACCCCAAACAGCCUGUCGUGGGUCACAGACAACGGCCAGGGAUUCUCAUUGCAAUACCCGAUGAUAGCAUUGCACGCCAUCUCCAGAGACUUAACAAACUUCGGAUCCGAAUGUCUGUAUCUGAUGGUAGAGGACAACAACAGUGACACGGAGUCGGGUGAGUGUCAGCCCUUUUGCAUACCUUUCCUCAAAGCGGUUCUCUCUGUGCUUUCGGUUCCUAUACUUAUCAUAUGUGCUGUUAAAAAUUUUAACCACAAAUCGUCGUUAUUGACUAAGAGUUCACUAUUGAAUGGCACGACUGAUGCUGUGAUGACAUCCAAACUCCAAUACCUGAUUCGCAACGAUAUGGUUAAUAAACUGCCAGAACCUGACACCUGCGCUACUAAUCUGACCAUUAAGUGCGAACCCGACAGUCCCUCCAGUGGUGGUGACAACAGUGCCGGUGAGCCCGAGACGGAGUUCAUAAGUGUGCCCACGUCUCCCAGUGCUAUCGUCGCCAUGGGCUUAGACUACGACAACUCUGCCGACAACUCGGCCGAGGAGUGGAUGGGUCGCAGUCCUGAUGAGUGCGACAAUCCCGAGGACUCGAUGCCUCCCACUCCUAGCGCUAGAAUAUCCUUCUCUAACGUAAACCUUCACUCUUCGCCUCUUAUGAGCGCUUCUGUCGAGAAGAAGACAAUCGAGUUUUGUGUGGUUUGUGGAGACAAAGCAUCAGGUCGUCAUUACGGGGCCAUCAGUUGCGAAGGCUGUAAGGGUUUCUUUAAGCGCAGUGUCCGAAAACAACUCAAUUAUGUCUGUCGUGCGAACCAGGACUGCGAAGUGACAAAACAUCACCGCAAUAGGUGUCAGUUCUGUCGGCUCCAGAAGUGUUUGCAAAUGGGAAUGAGAGCCGAUCACUGCCAACCAGAACGCAAACCCCUGGCCCUCGAGGGCAGUGCCAGUGCUAUACAAGCAGUGAUAGCCGCGGCCACCAAUUCAUCACAAUUAAUGCCUUCUCGUUCUUAUACGACGACAAACACCACUUCCACGUCAUCCCAACGCCAAAUCCUGCCCCGAGGGGGCUCUGCAGCCGAUAUGUCGGCGCUUUUCGACAACCAGUCGGCCUUAUCUAUGAUGGAGGCGACGGUCAGUGGCGCCAACUCUGGCCACACGUCUCACACCAGCAAAGCUAACGGAGACUUAAGUACUUUAGCUAACGUUGUCUCAAACCUUAUGGCACUCAAACAGGUGGCCGUCGCCGCCAUCAGUGCCAACACAUGCAGUGAUAGAACAGAUAUAAACAAAUUAGUCGAUACUACCGGUGCUAACAGUGAGAGUUCCAAAGAGACUAACAGUUCAACUGAUCGACAAAACCUAAUGAUAUCGAAAGCGGCGUUCGAUAUAAUGGCGAAAAUAGCUUCGGGUUCUAAAUCGAGUUCAGAACAAACGGCUUUCCUUUUCGGUGCAAUCGAUGCCGUCUGCGGACAAAACAAUGACAACGAAGACCUCUUCGAAAUCGACGGACCCAUCCUUACUGAUCAACACUUCACUUUCAAUCUCACGCCUCCCAUAGCCGGCGCUUCGUUUCUCUCACUCCAAUACAUCUGUGAGUCGGCCUCUCGUCUCCUCUUCCUGUCUGUCCAUUGGGCACAAUCUAUACCCGCCUUUCAACUCAUGUCUAUCGAUGUGCAGACAUCUCUCGUGAGGGGCUGUUGGUGUCAACUGUUUGUGUUAGGUUUGGCUCAAACCUCUCAAGUAAUGUCUUUGGCCACCAUAUUAUCUGCAAUUAUCACUCAUUUGCAAACAACUCUGCGCGAAGACAAGCUCUCCCUUCAGAGGGUGAAGGGAGUGACCGAUCAUAUCUGUAAACUCCAAGACUUUGUCAAUUCGUUUCAAAAGCUUGAAGUCGACGACAGAGAGUACGCAUACCUGAAGGCCAUCGUUCUGUUCAGUCCUGAGAACACAGGCAUUGGUCUUAUGAUGAACUGCAGACAAAUCGAUAGGUUUCAGGAGAAGACUGUCCGCGAACUCAGACAUUACAUCAAUGAGACCAGUUGUUCACCAGAGGAGGCCAGCGAUCGCUUCUCGAAACUCAUUCUAAGACUUCUUCCGCUGCGCUCUUUACUGCCGAACAUCACUGAAGAACUCUUCUUCUCGGGUCUCAUCGGAAGCGUUCAAAUCGAUAGUAUAAUACCCUAUAUAUUAAAGAUGGACGCCAAUGACUUCAACGCUGAGUUCAUGUCCUCGCGGGUCAAGACCGCUGCCGAGACAUCCCCUUCCCCUUCGAAAUUCAAUAAUUGACGCCUCCUUUCACUCAUUAUUACAUUUUCUAAUCACUCGAUAAAUUGUUUUGUUUUUGCAUUUUUUAGAUUUAAUUUCCGAAUCAUUGAAUCAAAACUUUGAAAUCAUGAAAACAUAGUUUUUUGAUUACAUUUAAG